AUGGCCCCUACCGACGACCCCAAGUCUGCGGCCGUUGAAGCUGCUGCACCCGCUACAGCUUCGGCUUCGACCGAAGGCACAUCAGCGUCCGCUGCUGCGACGACGCGCUCGUCGCCGUCUCGAAAAGCAAAGACGCUGAAAAAAGACGAAAGCGGUGCAAAGCCAGAGACGACCACGAAACAGCCCAAGAAGCCGUCGCAGAAGUCGUCUUCGGCCAAGAGCGCGGGCGACAGCGGUCCGUCGUACUUUGAGCUCAUUGUCGGCGCAAUCAAAGAGCUCAAAGACCGCGGCGGGUCGUCGCGUCAAGCCAUUGGGAAGCUCAUUGAGUCGAAAAAAGCGCACUACGCGAGCCACCACUUGAACAAGGCCCUGCGCACGGCCGUGGACAGCGGCAAGUUGGUGCAGACCAAAGGGUCGUACAAGUUGUCGCCCGAGCUGCGGAAACCCGCGGCAGGGAUGAAAAAGAGCCGCAAAGUCGCGGCUUCCGCGGCCAAAACGGUCUCGCGGGCGCCCAAGGGCACGAAAAAGCCGUCUGCGGCUGUCAAAAAAGCUACGGCGACAGCUGCAGCGGUAGCAAAGAAGAAGAAGAAGAUGGAGAAGAAGAGUGUGGCGGCGAAAAAGGUGGCGGCCAAGAAGGCACCGGCGAAAAAGACGAGUGCAAAGAAAGUGGUGGCGAAGAAGGCACCUGUUGGUAGUAAAAAGACUGGUGCAAAGACGGCCACCAAGAAGACGGUCAAAAAGACGGCGAAGAAGUAG